UUAUUAUAUUUCUCGUGAUAUCCGGUUCCCGUGUUUCCCAUGAUGCCGUGUCCGGUGGGUAAAUUCAAAUAGUAGAAAUGGAAGAGAGAUCGAGGAGGAGAGAGGUUGAGUGUGCAAAAAUGACUGUCACCAAACACAGCAACACCAACGAAACUUCUAACAGCAGCUACAACGACAAACCUAUUCACACCAAUCAAUACACAUUUCAGGAAGAAGAAACAAAGGUUUCAUCUGAUGGAGAAACGGAAAGGAACAUUUUGUGCCAUGUCGAUGAUCCUGAUUCCUCUCCUCAGUCUCAGGUGGAAAAUAUUGGUGAGAUCGAGAGAGACAUGGUUUGUGUGGAACCCUUUAACCAAUCAGAGGACAAAGAAAACAGAAAUAGCCCCACACAUGAUAGAGGAGAGGAUCAUGAUCUAGGUUGCCAGCAGACCAAUGCUUUGGCCGGUUCUUCUGGCAGUCAGAGGGAAUCUACCGGAAUGUCUGCACACCAAGUUGAUGAUGAGGAAAUAUUCAGGAGAGCAAGAGAGGAAGGACGAGUGAAUGUCGUCUUCCCUGGGCGCAUCACCCAGGACGGUUGCUGUCGAUUAGUUUGCGAGCUUCUGAAGUGUGUCCUUUACCAGCGGCAACAGAUGCCCAUGACAUAUGACCAAAUGGUGUUCCUGCAGAAACAGCAGCACAAUACCACUCAGACGGAGGACAUGGUGAACCGACGGUCUUCAAAAACAUCAGGUGGCUUAGACUGGCGCCGCUGCCAGCGGACUUUGCAGGAGCUGGAUGAGGUGCUGGCUCAACUUGAGGCACUAUUCUCUCUUAGCCAUGUUCCCCGUGUGCUUUUCCUGCUGGGUGGGUCUAUCAUCCUUCCCAGUGAGCUGUACGAGGUCAACAUGGAAGCUGUGGCUGUUGGAGCCGGGGAAAACAGCUUAAGGACCUCAAGCUGUCUAAGACAGCUUUUCCGGACUCUAUUUGUGGCAGACUUGUUGUCGGAUGCCAAGUCUGUGCGUCUCAUGACCACCACGGUCAUGGCUCUGGGGCACAGGGAUUGUGGCGUGACUGGAUUUAAACCCAAAGUGGAUUUUAAAUUUCCCACAAAAGUGAAAAGGCAAGUCAUCUCUAUAGCUAGUGAUUUGUCACUUGCUGGGGAACUAGAAAAAAGUCAGAGAAACCUGGAGGACUAUAUAUGGUUUCAGGCCCCUGUCACUGUGAAAGGAUUCUGUAAAUGAUGAGGGAAUAAAGAGUAACAGAUUUCA